AUGAAUUUCAAUCCGCAAGGGGGUAAUGGGAAUAUGAAUGGAGAUCAAGCUCCUUUCAAUCCGCAACAAGCUGGACAGAGCCAGAACCAACAGGGAGCUGCUAGUUUUUUACCUCCACAAUUUGCCAACUUGUCUCAACAGCAAAUCCAGCAUUUGAUGAAGACCAACCCACAGUUUCAACAAAUGAUUAGAACAUAUGUUCAGAAUCAGCGAAUGUUACAACAACAACAAUUGGCACAACAACAAAUGCUACAACGAGGUCAAGUACCACCAGCUCAACAACAACCUGUCCCACCACAACAAGCGAAUUUGUCUGGGAUGAAUACCAAUUUGGGUAUGGCUCAAAGAAACUUGAGCAAUCCUCAACUCUCGCAACAACCACAACAAAUGAUGGGGUCACCUCAAGUGAAUCCUAAUGGUUUACCUGCUCAAAGACCAUUUUCGAAUUCAAGACCAACAUCUUUCCGUCAGCAACCACAAGUACCACCAUCCCAACAAUUUCCAGGCCAACUUCCUCAGCAGCAAAGGCCACUGUUACAAGGAAUGGCUACUGCUCAAGGUAGGCCGAACAUGUCACCUCAGGGUAGCAUACCGCCACAAGCUAUGCCUAUGGCUGGACCGGGGACUCCAAGAAACGCGGCCACCAUGGCUGCUGCUGCUGCUCAGGUAAAGCAGCACCCUAAUAUGAUGCUCGGAGCACUUCUGUACCGUGAAUUAACGGAAUUGAAUGAAUGGUCUGAAAAGCUAAAGAAAGAAGGGAAAGAGGUACCACUUGACGUUAAAAUAUAUGAAGAGUUAGUCAAAAGAGAUAAUACUUUUGUUUCCAAAUAUAAUCAACAGUCUACAAAAAGCAAACAAGUUGUUGAAGGAUUAGUUCGUGAUAUCAAAUCCUAUAACGAUAUCAAACAGUUAAGGAUGAAUGCCAUAAACUUAUCAUCAAAGGGUGCAUUCAAUAACAGUAUAUGGGGAGAAGGUUACCAAGGGUAUGGUAAUGGAAUCAGUAAUACUGCUACUCAAUUAAUUAUGCCAAAACAUAAUAAGGCAGUUUCCAGAUUGCCAGAUAUAGGUAUGACUGAUCGAAAAAUAAACAGUAAUGUAUUGAAAAAAAUUGAAAGUGGUAAGACUAAUCAAUUGGUGCCAAUUAGAUUGGAGUUUGAUCAAGAAAGAGAUAAAUUCAAAUUAAGAGAUACCUUUUUAUGGGACUUAAGUGAAGACGUUUUGCCAUUAGACUAUUUUGUCAGACAAUUAAUUGAAGACUAUAAAUUUAUUCCUGAACAACAUUAUUAUACUAUUUUAGGUUCCAUCAAUGAACAAAUCAAAAGUUUCCGUAAAAAACCCGAUAAGACAAUGGGUGAGCUAAGGAUUCCAAUAAAAGUAGAUGUCACCAUAAACAACACUCAAUUAGUUGAUCAAUUUGAAUGGGAUAUAUUGAAUUCAGGGGAAAAUGAUGCUGAAGAAUUUGCACUUAUCAUGUGUGAUGAGAUGAAUUUACCGGGCGAAUUCACCACUGCAAUUGCCCAUUCCAUCAGAGAACAAAGUCAAUUAUUCCAUAGGGCAUUAUUUUUAAUCGGUUACAGUUUUGAUGGCUCAUUAAUUCACGAAGAUGAAAUUAGAUCAAGACUUCUUCCUUCGCUUAGAUUGCUUAGUCAGGAUCAACAGAGUGGUAAAGUUGUUGAUGAUUUUGUCUCGACUUUGCGAAAUCCAAGUAAUGUACCAGAUUUCACCCCUUCUUUGGUCAAAUUAACUCAAUUAGAAGUAGAAAGAUUAGAAAAAGAUAUUGAGAGGGAUUCACGUCGUAAAAGAAGACAUACCACUAAUGAUUAUGAUAAUUUUAAUUCUGCGGGUAGCGGACUAUCAAACAACUCCAGUGGUGGAGGCAGAGGAACAACUAGUAGAAGAGCCGCAUUACAUACUGGUAGAGGAGUCAAGGUUUCAUUGCCAGAUUUAUCUGACGUUCCAAAAACCUUCAGAACACCAGCCCCUUCGAGUAUUUUACCGGGUGCUAUCGAUUUAGGGGUACCAGACAUAUAUGGUUACACUGAGAUUGCUGCUAACCGUACAACCGUACGUAAUCCCAACUAUAAACCACCUAAUUUAAAUAAUGAAGGCGGUGAUGAUGCCACCGAUGACGAAGAGUCAGGUAAUGAUAGAGUCAAGUACCUGUACGAUGAUGUUUUGGAAAGAUUUAUCGUUAAAAUAAAAUUACCCAGAGCAUAAGUGUAUAUUAAC